AUGAACGGAUUGCCUGAAGAUUUAAUCUUCUCCAUCAUGCUCUUUUGUGAGGAUUUGAAAAGUGUUUCUCAAUUGUUAUUACUGAACCGACAUUGGUUGAGCGUGGCUCGUUAUGAAGCUCUAUGGAGAAUGCGGUUUGCGUUUCAUUUGAAAAAACAAAUCCGAGAUCGUCAAGCGGAAAUGAAUGUACCAUCAUCCAAAAAGAAGGGACUUGCAGCAUUGAUACAGAAAUUAAAAGGUCAAAUGAAAACUCAUGUGGAGGAAGCGGAACAGAUGUACAUGAGAGAAAAGAUUGUUUCUCAAAAAAGUUCCGAUCAUGAUGAUGAAAAUUCGGAUGAUGAACCCAAGAAGGUAUUUUCUGGAGUUGAUUUUUAUUGCGGAUUUCGAUUUUAUACCAUUUUCAAGCAAGAAGUACAUGGAAAGUUAGUGGGACAAAUCACGUUCAAGCUCCAUGAAUUGAUGGGAGAAAAAUUUCAAGCGAACACUUACAAGGUCGUUUUGAACGAUACGAAUGAUUAUGUUUUGGUUGAGAAAAGUCCUUUCUGUCAAAAGUGGAAACAAUUUUGCGAAUAUGCUCAUUCACAUCUAAAACCCUUCUCGAAAGAUCAUUUCGAUCAAGAAUACCAAUUACAGAAAUCAUGUUCUGUUAGUUUUAUGACUCAUUUUCAAAAAGAUCAUUCUUCAGCCUAUUCAGAAGUGGUUUCCAUUCUUAGGAAAUUCCGUCAGGACACAUCAUUGGACCCAAAACAACGGUUGGAUGCAAUGAAUGACUUGUUGGUACAGCCCGUGUUAGAACUUAUCUCAUCUGACAAGUAUCGAUUUCCUAUACAUGCAUUUCGUAUCUUUAAUUCAGCAUUGGAACUGAACAGUAUGACCCUCAUGAGAGCGUUAAUGAAAGAAAUUGAGAUGGAUAUGGUAAGGCCACAACAUGAAAAAUAUUUCUUAAGCUAUCCCCAAGAUGUUGAAAUGAUGGAUUAUGUAAAAUCGCAAAUAAUAACCUUUUUGAAGUUUGGUUAUUAUCAGCCUGAAGAGAUUAGAGAAAUACUUUCGUUUUGGAUCAAGAUGUAUCCAUCUCUCAUACGCAAGCAAAGAAUACGCAAAACAUUUCACAUGCAGAGAAGAGUUUUACUUCUGACUCUGAUUUACUAG